AUGAGUCGCUGCGCGAAUGCUUCGACCUGGCAGUUCUACGAGGAUGGUAACAUAGUGAUUUCUGUGAAAGUGGAAUUUAGAAGGGCUAAGGGCCUGUUCAACAAUAGGGAGGCGGAACUUCCCGCCGACACCGACUCCGCGGGCGCUGUCUCCGCGCGGCCCGCCACCACUUUGGCCCCGCUGCCCCAACACCCGCCGGUGCGGUUCAACCAGGACCCCACGUUCUUCGCGUACGCAACGCACCGCGGCUUUUGCGUGUUCCGGUGCAACCAACUGAAGGAGAUUCUGCGGCGCGAGUUUGAGGGGCGCGGCGUGGGCAUGGUGGAGAUGCUGUUCUCCUCCAGCUUACUCGCGCUCGUGGGCGGCGGUCCCAACCCGUGCUACCCGCCGAACAAGGUGCGGGGAGGAGAAGAGAGAGGUGUGAGGAGAUCUAGGAGCCCGAUAGCGGAAAAGAAGGUGAUAAUUUGGGACGACAAGGAGAGGCGGUACAUUGGCGAGCUAGCCUUUUGCAGCGAAGUGAGGGGCGUGCGGCUGAGGAGGGACCACAUCGUCUUUGUGCUCGAGCACAAGAUCCUCGUGUACUCCUUCCCUGGCCUGAAGCUAGUGCACCAGGUGAUGCCUGCACCAGGUGAUGCCUGCUCUAGGUACCACCUCACAUCACACUGGCAGGUGGAGACGUUGUCAAACCCCAAGGGGCUGUGCGAGAUCUGCGUGGAGCUGUUUGAAGAGCGCCGCGGGUACGUGCGCGGCGCAAGCUUCUCUCAGCCAGCCUGCAUGGCGCUUUCUCUGGACGGGAAGCUGCUGGCCACCGCCAGCAGCAAGGGCACGAUCAUUCGGGUGAUCAACACGGCGGAUGGGACGAGACUGCACGAGCUGCGCCGAGGAGUGGAGAGAGCAAACAUCUACAGCCUCGCAUUCUCCCCCAAGGCGCCCUUCCUGGUGGCUGCCAGUGACAGGGGCACUGUGCACGUGUUCUCGCUGGGGCACUCCCACUCCCAGGCGCACGGGCAGGGGCAGGGGGAGGGACAGGGGCAGGCGCAGGAGGAUGGGGUUGGGGGUGAAGGGGGAGGGGGGAUGGGCAGGGCAUCGGGGAGUGGUGGAGGAGCACUGUCGUCAUUGGGAUUGUUGAAAGGUGGUCUCUUCCUCUCCUUUAUUCCUCCUCUCCCCAAGUACUUCAGCGAUGAGCCCUCUUUGAUGUGCCACAGCAUUGGCAUGCUCGCUGCUCUCAUGCCAUCCCCCCCUUGCCUCCUGCCUCUCCGUGACUUCUCUACCUCUCGUUCCUCCCCAGGGGUCCUUCCGGAGAAGUACUUCAGAGAGCGCUCGCUGGCCUUCUACCGCACCGGCGUGCACACGCACAUGCUCGCUGCCUUUGGUGCCGACCCAAACACCGUCAUCGUGGUCGGCAGCACUGGCGCGUACAUGUGCUCAUACUUUUAUGGACAUAGGUAUUACAAGCUUCAGUUCGACCCACAAGCAGGAGGUGAAAUGAAACUAUUGAAUCAGGCUAACUUUCUCACGACUGAAGAUGAGCAUUAA